AUGGCCAAGCUUUUCGUUGGCGGCCUCGCAUGGCACACCACUGAUGAGACUCUCCGCGCUGGAUUCGAGCAGUUUGGAGUUGUCGAGGAAGCUAUUGUCGUCAAGGACCGUGACACCAACCGUAGCCGUGGAUUUGGCUUUGUCCGUUUCGCUGCCGAACAAGAUGCCGACGCUGCUAUUGAGCAGAUGAACAACAAUGAAUUCGAUGGCCGUUCGAUCCGUGUCGACAAGGCCUCUGAACGAGCUCCCCGCAAUGACGGUGGCUACCAGGGCCGUGGUGGUUACAACUCGCAGGAUGGUGGCUACCGUGGCGGUGGUGGUGGUGGCUACCGCGGCGGCUACGGAGGAGGUUACCAGCAGCAGCAGCAGGGCGGAUACGGUGGUGGUGACUGGCGCCAAUAG